CUUAUAAUUUUACAGGGCACAACUCGCUUACUCAUGACCCGCAUCCCUCACUACAAGGAUGUUAUUCUGACAUCUUUCGAGUGUGACUACUGUGGCAACAAGAACACUGGUUUUCAGCUAGGACAGGUGCAGGAGCAAGGAGUACGCUACGAACUCUACUUGGAAAAUGAAGACGAUUUGAGUCGCCAGGUGGUACGUUCAGGGCAUGCCACUGUGUCUGUACCAGAAGUGCAGCUGGAAAUACCAGGAAAUACAGACAAAGGAGAUGUCUGUUUUCAGGAAGUGAUCAUUAUGGCAAUGCAUUGUGAGAGCUGUGGUCAUCGUACCAAUGAGGUGAAGAGUGGCACUGGUGUGUCUGACUUGGGAAAGAGGAUCACUCUCAAAAUAACUGACCCUACUGAUUUGGCUCGUGAUGUGCUGAAGAGUGAAACUUGUGAACUGAGCAUCCCUGAACUCGACUUCUGCGUCGGAGGUGGACUAAUAGGUGGAAAGUUUACAACACUGGAGGGGCUGCUGAUGAACAUCCGAGAAGACUUGGACUCUAAUCCUUUUCUUAUGGGGGACUCCAUUGAGAAGAACCGUAAAGUUAUAGUUGACAAACUUCUGGAUGACUUAGAGAUGGUUAUAAAGGGCAACCUUAUGGUUACGUUCAUCAUGGAUGACCCAGCAGGGAACAGCUACCUCCAGAAUGUUUAUGCUCCAGAUGACGAUCCGGAGAUGACAAUUGAGGAGUAUGAGCGCACAUUUGAACAGAAUGAAGAACUUGGACUCAAUGAUAUGAAGACAGAGAAUUAUACAGAUGACUCAACUUGUAAUGAUAUAUCUGAGCUCUCGUGAUUUUUGCAGAAAUGCGGUCAUUUUCUAGAAGGGCUUUGCCUGGAAAAAUGACUGCAUAUUUUAUGUUGCAAUGCAUGGAAAUAGAGUUUGAGAGUGGAAAUAAAAGCUCUGACAGUUAAACUUGUCAUAUAUUUAUAUAUAAAGUUUACCUAAGUCCAAAGCAUAGUUUCUAUCAGCAAGCACUUGUAUAUUAAAUUGAAAAGUGUUUGCCUGGUGACAUUCCUAAGAGCUCUUAACCAGGCUCUGAAUAAGGCAUUAUUGAUGUCUACAUCAUGAGCCAGGCUCUUGCUACUUGUAGCCUGCCAUCCAGCUUGCUUAUCUCAAACCUGGCUGCUUAUUGUGCCUGAAGACACUAAAAUGCUCAUUUCAAGUUCUCUUCUGAUAUGUCAGUAACACGAGGGCAAAUUGAGUGAAGUUUGAUAUAGACUUGCUUUCUAAGCAUAGGGGGAAGUGUAAACUGGAGUGGUGUAAAAACUAUAAAAGGCUGAAACUGUUAAGCUUAAAUUGGAAUUCUUUGAAUAUUGGAACUUGUAGCAUUCUUGUUCUUCUUUGUAGUUAAUAAGCAAGAAAGAACAUAAACUGUUACUCUUAUUCUUGGACAUGUAUAAGCUAUUGAAAUUUAAAAGAACUGGUGAAGUUAUUAGGAAUGUGAAAAAAUAAAUAAAUUUCUGUCUCUGUAAUUAUGAAGUGGAAACAUUUUAUUUUAGAAAACUUCAGCUGAUGCUGCAAAAGCUUAGUUUUACAAAUUUGGUUUUCCCAAAUAGUGUAUUUUUUUUUUUUAAAGUUAUAAUUAAAAGAGCAUUGAUAAAAUGUAUAUGAAUUAUUUAUGGAAGUUAUAAAAGUUUUCUUAAACUUUUAUAUGAAAUAAAUUCUGAUUAUGAAAGUUAUUAUAUUAAUCAUAAACUUUUCACAGCAACUCCUUCCUGUUAGGCUCACAGUGGCCUCAUAAUACCUUGUACGUGUAUUUCUACCUCCAAAAUAUUAAUACGAUAUCUGAACCAGCAGUUUUUAAACUUAUGCCAGAUAAACUCGGAUUAAGUCAUGAUGAACGACUGUCGAUGAAUAAAUUGAAAGAUGGACAGGUCCCAAAAUUGACAGGUUGAGUGCUGGACCUGUCAAUUUAGGGACCACAGUUCAAUCCUCCUGUCCAUCUGUUUAUUCGUAUGCCAAAUAUUUACUUAUGCUAGUUUGUCUUGUGUGAGUUUCCCACCCAUUUGCAGAGAAACGUGUUCUCUGUGAAUUGCAUUUGUGAAGAGUGUAGUAGUGAGUGAAAGGACUGUGAGGCAGGAGUGAAGGCAGUAGACCAUAUGCUGGUGAAGGAGGGAAUGGGGAAUGGGUUAAAUAAUGGGUUUAGUGCUUUCUAUUUAUAUUAUUAUGGGGUAUCUCAUUCUGCUUCAUGAUGCAAAAAGCAGUAUUUGCAGUCCACAGACAGGUUGUAUUAUGCAAUAUACAGUAAAUGUAUUAUGCAGCAAUUAUAUGGAUUUUCCUUGCUGCAAUUUAGUAGGAUGCUUUUUAUGUGCACUAUAUAGAGGUUAAUAUACUGUUCUUAAGAAUGCUAGUCAUGCUACUGCAGUGUACACUGAUGGUUUCAAACUCAAUAUGUAAUUGGCUCAGCAACUGUUUUUCCAGAGUAAUUCAAGAACAUAUACAAGAGUUGAAAAGCAUUGUCACAGUGUAGUUUGUCUAUAAUACUUUCCGUGCGCAUUGGAACUGUAUCAGUCUUAUUCAUUGUUUCAAGAUUUCCAAAGUGCAUUACAAACUAUCCAGAAAUAUGACUCCAAUUCCCCUCAUACCUGGUGGUGUGAAAAUGGUUAUGUAACAUUUCUAGCAAGGACAAAGAAGUCCUUUUUUUUUUUUUCCUGAUAUUCAGGGAAACGAAAACUUGAGCCACUGUUCAUGAUCUGCCAGUCCUUUUUAGGGAUGGUUCCUCUUGUUAGGUAAAUGGACACAUGCAAUUAAUGUGACAUUUUACUGUGGUAACGUUUCGCUCUCCAGGAGCUUUGUUGAGCCCUCACAAACAUUACAAAUACUAUGGCUUGACAAAGCUCCUGGAGAGUGAAACAUUGCCAUAAAAUGUCACAAUAGUUGCAUCUUUGUCCAUUUACCUAACAUUUUGUUAGUAAUUCUACCAUUAUUACUAUGCUUCUUCUUGACUAUUUUCCAGUACUAUUUCAAUGACAAAACCACUGGCAGUAGUGUUGCUUGGAAGUACAUAUAGGACAAUUUGUUUUCUAUCAGACUACAGUUUGGUCUUUGGAUAUCUUUUUUUUUCCCAUCACUCUGAGAUGUGGAGGGAAACUGCUUGCAUGUUUGCAAAUUGAAGAGGCAUGUCACAAAUACCACAUGGACAGACAUCUGGUACCUCAUGAGGACAACCAGGUUACUAACAAGUUCAUAUAAUAAUACCGUAUUUCAUGGCUUACAGUUUUAGUGGCUCGGCAUCGGAUAUAACUGGGAGAGCUACAGCCCACCCCACACCCCAGACUUAUAGCUCCUGUCACUGACCUUCAGUUUAUAGGAUGCAGGGUGGCUUUUGGAGACAUUUUAUGGAAAAAAAAAAUGCAUCUAAUAAGGUGCGAAAUACGGUACUUAGUCUGUCAAUCACUGAAUGUGCAGAAUUCAUUUUUAACCUCUUCAGUACCUUAUGUUCUCACUUUGACUGCCCUCCUCCCUGAAAGUCCCACCUUAGAUGUGGACUCCCUUUUUUGACUAGCCUAUUGCACCAAAUAUGAUGUUAAUUUCACACCCUUGCUAUACCAUUCAUCUGUUAACUCCUGACCCUUACAAAACAAUCCAACACUACACUGUGUGACCAAUAUAGGUUUAGUGCUUGUUUUUGAAUAUUAUUUUGAAUGUUAGUAAAUCCAGUCUUGAAGAGAUGGAUAAAAAUAUUAAAAAAAUAUUAAAUAUUAAAUUUUUUUUUUUUUUUCUCUCUCGACAAGUCGGUCGUCUCCCACCGAGGAGAAAAUAUCAGGAAAAAAUAUCAGUGAGCCGUCAAGACAAUGAACAAGUGAAAGCAAGAGUUUUCAUGGUCUGGUCACCCUACCUCAGGGGGAGAUGGCUGAAGUGUUAAAUUUUUUUUAUGCGGUAUACAAAUACUAUACAAAUUUUAUUUCUUUUGAAAGUAAAUUGGUAUUUACUGUCUUUAUUAACUAACACCUUUACAUUUUAAUUAACAAAAAGUUUAACCAUUAAUUAAGUGCAUUCUCUUGAAGAGGUUUUUAAUAGGAAAAGGACUCCCCAUAAAUUGCGCUACAUUAUUACAAUAGUUAUGACGGUUACAAAUUAUGCAAUGGACUAGUGAUAUAAAACAAGCUGCAGAUAAAUUAAGUUUGAAUAUUGGCUUCUUCCUGAAAUGAUGCACCUACAGGGUGUUCCAGGGGUCAACGCCCCUGCAGCCCAGUCCAUGACCAGGCCUCCCAGUGGAUCAACAUACGUUUUGUAGAUUACAUAUAGAUAAGCAGAUAGAAUUGGAAGAUUAUAUUAAAUAUUUAAGACAGUUGUCUGUUUGUGAUAGUAAUGGAGGUAAUUUCAUUACUCUACCAACAAGUGACUGGCAGUGUAAAGAAUGUGAUUGGCAUUGUGAAUGUGGUACUCAUACAGCAAAAGGCACACUUCCUAAUUUUUAAUUAUAAAGGAAAGGUACUUUCACAUAUAAUUUGUCAUGGUGGACUUAAUUCAACAGGUAUGUAUUUGAGAGUGGUGAGUAAGACACUUGAUUGCAGGUGUUAAUAAUCCAUAAUAUGGAAUUUAUUGCCUGGUGUCGAGGAGACGUUUCAUCUUCUAGGACCUACGUCUUCUCGAUAAAGUGCCAUAAAGCACAGUUUAAUUAACACCUUUAUUAUGAACACUAUAUCCAUCCUGUGGGCAAUAAAACUGUGAAUCGAGUCUUAUUGAUGUUCUUAUUGGCAUGUACCGUAUUUUACGGUGAACGAGAUGCUCUGGUGUUGAGGACACGCCCCCAAUUGUGACUAGCCAAAUUUUGGAAAAAAGAUAAAUGGUCUUUCAGCCUCCAAAAUGUGUAAAUUUUCAAGACAUUUUGGGAUAAAAAUAGUAUUUUCAAUUUUGUAAAAUACGGUAAUGCCGUCGAUAUACACUGCAGAGAAGUCGUAUUGUACAGCAAAUCACACACACUUCCUUUAUCAACGUCGAUAAAGCCAAUUUGUCGUGUAACAUUGUACAAUAAUGACUCCUUUGCAAUUGCUGUCCUGCCACACUGUCGGCAGUUCACCUAUUUUAGAAACGAACUAGUAAAAAGUUUUAUCUUAGAAGAUCAGUGAUUUGAAAUGGUUACCCAGGAGGUUUACCGCGUACAAUGUUGAUACGUAUAUUUCAUAAUUGCUGCAAGGUUGUGACUAAUGUUGCAGUAAUUCUUUUGUGCGUACCAUGUACAUCAUGUUCAUUGCUUACUAUGCUACUCAUCAGUGCAUUUAUGUCAAUAACAUUUCCAUGAUAUAAUGUGUAUUCACAUCAUCUAUUUUAUUCAACCAAGCAUUAAAAAUUAUCGGAAA